AUGGCGCUCGCCUUCGCUUCUGCCGCGAAGCGAGCCUCUGAAUCGACCCGCGAGCAACUGCGACCCGAGGAUGCCCGUGGAAGCUCCAAUGUUUGGGAGGAGAUCGUCCAGGCGGCGCUGUGCUGGACGGACGUCGCAGAUUCCGAGCUCUUCAUUGCUGUCAAUGUGUUCUCCAUGCUCCCGUGGGCGCCAAUGUGUGCCUUCCGCGCGUGCCACGUGUUGACCGCCAACGCCUUCGAGCGCUGGGCGGCGCAGCCGCAGCAGCAGGCCACCCUGAGCUGGGUGCGCAUUCCCAAUCGCUGGCAAAGCGACUGCCUCCGCUUCGUAGGGCAACACUGCAGGAAUGUUCGUCACCUCGCUGUUUUCGAGACGCCGCAUUUCGGGGAGAAGCAACUGCUCCGCCUGGUCUGUGGGAUGCGGUUUCUGGAGUUCUUGGAGGUCGAUGCUUCCUCCUUUGGUGGCAACUUCCCGGACCCGCAGCGCGUGCUUGACCGCCUCGCAAAGUACUGCCCACGGCUGCAGCACAUCGUCAUCAGCUUUCGCCAGGAAGUGCCUUCCGAGCGAACGACCUUUGAGGUGAGGACGUUGGCUUGGCUGGGCCGGCGUUUACUCACCUUGGACCUUGGCGCAGUGGCGGUGCGAAUUUGGGGUGGCACAAGGACCAUCGCAGCGUGCUGUCCGCAGCUGCAGCGAUUGGGGGCGCAGCUGUGCCACCAGACCGAUGCAAUCGACCCCAACGACAUUGCACGGGGCUGCCCCAUCCAGGAAUUGGACUUGGCGCCGGUUGAUUGGGACGACCGCGUCCUCGAAUCCUUCGUGACACAGGCGCCCUACUUGCGCAGAGUAGUGCUCCGUCAUGUGGAGCCUCAUGCGACUGCCAUGCUGCUGGUGCCGCUUGUGGCCUUUUGCCGAACGGCAAACAGCUUGGUCAGCUUGCAUUUGGCCCUCCACGCGCGGACGGAUCGAGGCAGGGCCAACCAUUGGCUACAAGCUGUUUCCCACAUGCAACAUUUGCGGUCGCUGUGCCUUGACUACGCCGCACCCCUCGGUUUAGCUGAGAUCAUCUCUUCUUUGGGUCACAGCCCUUCGUGCACUGAGCUCGUCUCGUUCACCGUCCAUGGCUGUCAUGGCGUGGACGAUGAUGCGCUGCAGCAGCUGGUCUGGUGGUCUCCACGGUUGGAACAGGUUCGUCUCUUCCCAGACUCCUGGAGAGAGGUCGGCACCGUGAGCGAGCGUGGACUCCUCACGAUGGUGAAGCAGCUGCCCCUGCGGAGCCUUGCAGUGAGCUCGCGAUGCCAGAUCUUGGACUCCCAGUCCAAGGCCAUGUUCAACGAACAAGGUCACAUCAGGUCCUUAUCAUUGUUUGCGCCGUUGAGCAACAGCGCUCUCUCCUACAAGCAGUGUAUUGGCUGGAGAUGCCUUCGAUACCUGUGGCUGGGACCGCACAAGCUCAUGCAAAGGGGAGUUGGGGCAGAAUGUGAAGUCGAUGAUCAUGGAUUGCAGCUGGUGGUGCAAAGUUGCCACCUGUUGCAGGAUUUGACAGUGGCCUCGUGUCUUGUCACCAAUGCGGGUUUCGCCUGCGCGCUGCUAGCAUGCCGAGAACUCCGGCGCCUUCGCUUGGGCGGCGCCGGAAUCACGGACGACUCCCUUCACUUGUUGGCCACGGUGGCGCAACCGCGGCUGGAACGCUUGUCGCCGCUGGGCUUCAGCGCUUUUUUUGUUUGCCCACGAUUGUAA